ACCUAGCUAAUCUAAACUGUGUUAUAUCUCUCAGUAGUUUAACCUAGCUAAUCUAAACUGUGUUAUAUCUCUCCGUAGUUUAACCUAGCUAAUCUAAACUGUUAUCUCUCUCAGUAGUUUAACCUAGCUAAUUCCCUCAGUAAUAUACACCUUGCAGUACAUUUCGUGUCGAUAUUACGUGUUAAGCGGUAAAGAUUCGUUUUGGACUGAUUUAGGAUUAGCUAUUAAAUAGUGUGUAUUUGCAUACAUCGAUUAUUGUGUAUACCAAAAUGGUUCAAGAGCAGAGGCAGAACGAUGAGAAGACUACGGAGGGGGAGCCCAGCCACAGCCCAAGCCCGGUACCGGUGGACGGGACCGCAAUCCUGGCAGACUCGGUGGCAGCGGCGCCCCAAGCUGAGACCGCAGGCCUCAGGAAAUUUAUCAGCGGCGUGGUGGAGGGAUUCUAUGGUCGACCAUGGACUAUGGAGCAAAGAAAAGAGCUUUUCAGGAGGCUACAGAAAUGGGGGUUAAAUACUUACCUUUAUGCUCCAAAGGAUGACUACAAACACAGAGUGUUUUGGAGAGAAAUGUACUCUGUUGAAGAAGCAGAGCAACUCAUGACCCUUAUCUCUGCGGCAAAAGAAUAUGGAAUUGAGUUCAUCUAUGCCAUCUCGCCAGGGCUCGAUAUCACAUUUUCCAACCAGAAAGAAGUUGUAACUUUGAAAAGGAAGUUAGAUCAGAUUUCCCAGUUUGGCUGCAAGUCUUUUGCCUUACUGUUUGAUGAUAUUGAGCACAAUAUAUGCCCAGCAGACAAGGAAGUGUUCAGCUCAUUUGCACAUGCCCAGGUCUCCCUGACUAAUGAGAUCUUCCAGUACUUGGGAGAACCUGAAACUUUCUUGUUCUGCCCUACCGAAUACUGUGGAACUUUCUGCUAUCCAAAUGUUUCCCAGUCACCGUAUUUGCUAACAGUUGGUGAGAAGUUGUUACCUGGAAUCGAUGUGCUAUGGACAGGUCCCAAGGUUGUAUCUAAAGAUAUCACAGUGGAGUCCAUUGAAGAGGUAUCCAGAAUUUUAAAGAGAGCUCCAGUUAUAUGGGACAAUAUCCAUGCCAAUGACUACGACCAAAAGAGGCUGUUCCUUGGUCCCUUUAAGGGCCGGUCAACAGAGCUCAUCCCCAGGCUGAAGGGUGUGUUGACCAACCCCAACUGUGAAUUUGAGACCAACUUUGUGGCCAUCCAUACACUGGCAACCUGGUACAAAUCCAACAUGAACGGAGUCCGAAAAGAUGUUGUCAUGAGUGACAGUGAGGACAGUACAGUAUCUAUUCAGAUUAAGCUGGAGAAUGAAGGAAGCGAUGAAGAAAUCGAAACGGAUAUGCUGUACAGUCCACAGCUGGCACUGAAGCUUGCCCUGCAAGAAUGGCUGGGGGAGUUUGGAGUGCCUCAUCUGUACAACAGUCGGCAGGUCCCUCACAGUGGAGCAAAGAGCACUGCUAUUGAUGUGGCAUCUCUGGUAACGCCAAACCUGGGUUCCUCGACAACGGUUAGCACCGUUUACCAGCAGCCAAUCAUGAGCCAAGCAACAGCUCUAAGUGAAGAGCCCCUCCCCCAGAGCAAGGUAGAGGAUGAGGAGGUGGAGGAUGAGGAAGAGAAGAAGGAGCAGCUGCUGCUUCAGUCUGACGAAGAACCCAUGGAGAUGGUUCUAGAGAAACAGGAUGAGCCAGAUACCAAGAAUGUCAACCAGAUCCUGACUGAGAUUGUCAAGGCCAAGAUGACCGAGGAGCUGAAGCCCAUGGACACAGACAAGGAGAGCAGUGCAGAGUCCAAGUCCCCCGAGAUGUCUAUUCAGGAGGACUCUGGGAGUGACAUUGCACCAAUGCAAACAGAUGAACAGCUGAACAAAGAGAUGUUUGUGCCGGGCCCCAAUGAGAAGCCUCUGUACAGCGCAGAGGCGCUGACCCUCGAAGAUCUGACCCUGCUGGCAGAACUCUUCUACCUGCCCUAUGAACACGGGCCCAAAGCUGUGCAGAUGCUCAAAGAAUUCAACUGGCUGAGAGCCAACAGCAGUGUGGUCAGUGUCAAUUCCAAAGGGAAGGAGCCGCAGAAAGUCAGUGAAUGGCGUGCCCGAGCAGAGAAGUUUGAGGAGAUGUGCUGUUCAGUGAUUCAGAUGUUCACACGCCUCUCCAACUCUGCCAACAGGACCAUUCUCUAUGAUUUGUAUCCCUACAUUUGGGAUAUUAAGAGUAUCAUCUCAAUGGUGAAGUCCUUUGUUCAGUGGUUAGGGUGUCGUAGUCAGUCGUCAGCACAGUUCUUAAGUGGAGACCAAGAGCCUUGGGCAUUUAGAGGCGGUCUAGCGGGAGAGUUCCAGCGAUUGUUGCCAAUUGACGGGGCAAAUGAUCUUUUUUACCAGCCACCCCCUGCAAUGCCAACCUCCAAAAUCUAUUCCAUAAGACCAUAUUUUCCAGAAGAUGAGCCUGCUGUGUACAAGAUCUGCAGAGAGAUGUACAAUGAAGACAUGGAGGGGGUUCCUUUCCCUGAACAGCCUGAUUUAAUUGGAGAUAGGUUAGUGGGAGGAUUUCUGACCCUCAGCCCAGACUAUGGGUUUGUUCUAGAGGAUAAUGAGGGCAUCUGUGGGUAUGCUCUUGGCACAGUGGACGUCAAGCCGUUUGUGAAGAAGAGCAAGAUGAGCUGGAUCCCCAGCAUGCAGGAGAAGUAUAACAAGCCUGACUCUGAGAAGGACUUGUCUGAGGCAGAGAAAAUGAUGUUGAGUUUCCAUGAGGAAGAGGAGGGCCUUCCCGAGUCAUUUCUUAGUAAUUUCCCCUCCCUGAUUAAAGUGGAUAUUCAUGGGAAGGUUACAGACCCUAGUGUCGCCAAGAGCAUGAUGGGUUGCCUCCUUUCCUCCAUUAAAGCCAACGGGUCUCAUGGUGCCUUUUGUGAAGUAAGGCAGAAUGAUAAGAGAAUGCUGGACUUUUACAGCAAGCUGGGCUGCUUUGAAGUGGCAAAGAUGGAAGGAUUCCCAAAGGGUGUGAUCCUCAUGGGAAGGAGUCUGUGAACUAUUCUGAAAGUGAAUGAAGUGGUAUAAAAAUACAUCAAGAGCUCUUGUGAAUAGGCUGACGUUUGUGCUACCUUAACAAAAAGAAAAUGUAACCCCCACAUCAGGAGAUGCCAAGGUAGCCUUUUUAAUCAUGCCCAACAAUCCCAGAAAAUAGAUGGUAAAUUAAGACUAGCUCCUGCUGCUUUGGCUUUCUUGUCUUGUCCAAGUAGCCUGGUUUGAUAGUAAGAUGCUACUACUAGCGUCAUUCUGUCAAAGCAUGCAAACAAUUAAGAGCCAUGAAGCCCCUUGACAGGUUUUUAAAGUUAGUACUACUUGCAGCAGACAAAAGGUAGACAUACAGAAGGUAAGCUUCAUAGACAUGGGAUGAUUUUCAGCCAUUCAUUCUUCAGUAGUCUUGUCUGUUGUCCUUCCUGGAAUAGCACAGGGAGGUCAGGUGUUCAGGGUCACAACUGCCUUCAUCCUUCCAGAUGUUCUUUCUGCUUGUGCCAAGUUUGAAAGCUGGAUAGAGUUGAAUAGUCAGCCUUUGCUGUUGAAGGGAUUUUUUCCUCAAAGGCUCGGCAGCGACCAGUUGUCUCAAGUUUGGAUUUGAAUUCACUGGCUUCCAGCCUCCAGCUUUUUACUUUAAGCACCAGGUAAGCAAGGUUUCAUUCUACACUUGUCUGAUUUUGGAGUCUGACUCUCUUGCUUCACGAAGAACCAGAAUGUGAGCCACAAGUGUGCUGGCUGACUUGAUUUAUGGUCAGCCUCAAGGAAGCCAACAAAUGUGCAUAUGUGUGUUAAUAAUGGAAUAUACAUGGACAGCAUGGUGCUUAUAAUCCUGCUUUAUCUGUGUUGGCAGUUGACAGUCCUUUUUAAAUGUUUUGCAUUUGUUUGUCUUCUUGAAACAUGUUGAAUUAUUGACUCCCUUAAUUUUUCAUAUCAGUAGUGCCAGCAGUGUCACAAAGAGCCACAGUAAGGCAAGUAGGAGGGGCUCAAGCACGAAUAAUGAAAGCAACCCUAUAGAAAUGUAAUUCUAGGGAUUAGCUUUCUGCUUACAAAUCUUAUUGGUGUUUUAAUGUUUUAUAUUUAAGUGUAUUUUGUUUUACUUCAUCUUGUUGUUUUACAUGUAUGAUUUAAUAGAUCCAGGAAAGCACUUACAAUUGUCUUCAGAACUGGGUCUGACUCUUUCAUUUUUUAUUUUAUUUAAGUGCUUGGAAACUUAUUGUAUAUACAGGUAUUUGCAUUUCUGAAGAAUUCAAAGUAUAUAAGGAACAGAUGUGUUAUGUAAUAUUGGUUGCCUUGUCAUUCAUAACUCAUUAACCUGGUGGAAUGAACUGCUGUGAAAUCCGUUUUAAACAGAACAAUCCUUGGUGAAGCAGUGUCUGUGCAAGAAGCAUAACAUGGAAGACACUGCCCAUAGACGUCUGGGAGGGAGUUGUAAAUGGUUUUGGUCAAUCCAGAAAUAGUGUUUUGAAAAGGGAAGACAGCCAAUCUAGUUUAACACAAUUUCUCCAAGCUUUCAGGUUUUAUGGUAUGAAAGAAAAGUUCAGUAUUGUGACAACCUAACACAUGCAGGAAACAGAAGUCACAAUGUUCUUUUGUUCAAGAAGAAUGUCCCCUGGGGCAUUAACCCCAAACCCAAUUGGAAUCUACAACACCAAAUUGCCCACCCACAUGAGUGCAGUAGACAUACGAAGAAGACAGAGUGUGUAUAUAACUAAACUAUAUUUAGUAACACAUCUGCCUGUCCUCUUGUAUUUCCUGAAGACUGCUCUUGUAGUCACUGUUAUCAUUGGCUUUGCUGUCUCCUAGCUCUUUGUUUUACAGAGUUACAGUUUCCAGCUUCAUCUCAUUUCACUUUUUGGAUAAGUAAAGCAUCCACAUUUAAGAGCUCUGAAGGUUCGAGCUGCUAACGUGCAAGAUCUGUAAAUCCAGCUCUGUUCACAGCAACGUCUAUGCAGGCAGUAUUGCUUUCCUCCUCUAAUCUGCAUUCACAGUGAUUGUUCAUUCAUCUGUUUACAUUCUCUGGCUGCUUUUUUUGUGAAAUGGGAAAUGCUGUUUCAUUGCAUUUUUAGAAACUGAUUCAGAGUAUGUCAUUUCAGUGAACAGCUGUAGCUGCACAGGAAAUAUGGUGUUUAUACCUACAGCAUUGCAUUACAUGUUGGGAUGUUCUGUUUAUUUUAGAACAGAGACGAGUUAUGUAAUACUUGUAUGUAACUGAGAUGGUUGGAUACAAAUAAAACCAUUAAAAUGACAACAAACAAA